CGCCGGCGGAGCCAUGGCAACCGCCCAGGGAGGCGGGGCCGGCCCGGGGGAGGAGCAACAGGGGGAGGAGGAGGAGGUGGAGGAAGAAGAGGAAGAAGAAGCUUUCUGCGCCGUCCGAGGGAGCGUUGCUGAGGGCUCUGAUGGAGCCGCAGCUGGUGCUGCCAUGACUUUCAUUGCUCAGAAGUGCGGGAUCUGCUUCCGGCCCCCAUCCAUCAUCCUCAUCUACAGAGACAGCAGCCAGGACAAGACUCGCCAGCGCAUCAUGCCCGUCAGGAAUUUCUCCAAGUUCUCAGACUGCAGCAGGGCUGCUGAGCAGCUGAAGAACAACCCUCGGCACAAGGCCUACCUGGAAGGGGUCUCGCAGCGCCAGCUCCAGAAGCUCUACAGCUUGCUGAGAGGUCACCUGGAGGGACAGAGCCUGGCUGAAAGCUUGGAAAAGUUUCGGCAGGAAGAGACAAUUGACCCGGAGGAGGAUAUGAACAAACUGGAUGACAAGGAAUUGGCCAAAAGGAAGAGCAUCAUGGAUGAGCUCUUUGAAAAGAACAGGAAGAAGAAGGAUGACCCCGACUUCGUUUACAACGUUGAGGUGGAUUUCCCACUGGAUGAGCAGCUGGAGUCCUGUACUUGGGACAUAGAGUCGGAUGAAGAAGUCUGAUUCCAGGCAAAGAUGGGCACUUGAGAGACAAACCUCAGCAGGCCAGCAAGAGAGAACAGUGUCAUCAUACGUGUUCUCCUCCACGUUGGCUCAGGAGAGCCAACAGCAAUCCCGGGCUUAAGUGAGCUUUGUAUAAGCCAGACUUGAUUAAGUGGAAACUGGGUAGCUGAAAUUGUUGGCUGGUUUUAGUCUUUUCCUACAUAAAAGAAUUUUAAAUUAUUUAAUCUUUCAGUUUUUUACCUUUCAGUCAGCUUUGGCUGAAAAUGAAGCAUUAAAAAUUCAUGUCCUGAAGACACUGUUAAAGCUGUACUGUACAAAUAGGGUGAUUAUUACUGCCGACUGGGAAGUUAAAUAUGUAUCAGUCAUUCUGGAUAAAUCAACUCUGCACUGAGA